AUACUGUAUAUUGAUGUACAUGUACAUAUAUAUUAUAUCAGACCUGUCAUGACAAAUAUAUAUAUAUAUCUUAAAAGAUAAAAGAAUCAAGGGUGAGAUCUGUCGAAACCAUUUAAGAAAAUUAGAGAACUUAUAUGUAUUGAGUAACAGAAAUACCCUACUUGACACUCGAACACUCGCUGACAAAACAAAACAUUACCAUUUGAGACUGUUAGACAAAUAUUUACUUGGAGGUAAAUCAGCGACUUCCUAAUGAUCGAAAUAUGAGAAAUAUAACGAAAUACUACAGUCGUGAUGUGGAAAACUUUUGACAUCCCAUUAAGUACCGUUUUCACAUCAUGUCGAUUUAUGAUGAUCGCUGAAUCACGCCGUUUAAUGAAACAUGGGCGCCGCCAUUUUUUGUGUCAUGUGAUCGAAAGUAGUCCAAAAUGGUUACUACUUUGGUCCGAGUCUAGUUUCGGAGAAAAUGACGAGGGGUUCCGAUUGCCGAUUCUCCUUGACCGUAGAGAAUCGGCCGAGGUGUUCCGAAUGCUGUACACACCCUGUGGUUUUUCCGAAGUUAUUUUUAGGUUCAUCGCGGUGGGUUUUCCCAAAACGGAUAUUUAAAUACACAUUCGCAAGCUUUGGAUAUACAUACAGAGACAGGAUAGACAACGACAUUUUAGGAAAGAUGUCUGAUACCAUAUCUAUCAGGCCAAGACGUAAUUUGGAGACAAGAUCAACCAAAAUACUAGAACGACAUGCAACGAAGAACUUAGAGUUUUGUUCAGUCGGCGAAGAUAACAUUGGUAGAUACAAACCAGGUACUAUCGCAUGUUUGGAUGGAUCAUCAAAUGCCGAACUGGAAAACAAUAGUAUCGAGAAUGGAGAUGCCGUUUUUCCAGAUUCUCGGCAGUUACAGGAAUUGGUAGAAAAGCUAGUCGGCUUUAACGGUGAAGAUACUGAAUCACUGGCGUCAAAACAGUCUCGUCCCUCGUGUGUCUACUUUGUAACAAGACUAGUAAGAUUUUGUGAAGUCAUAAUCACGUCACAGACUCUUAUUGGGUCUUUUUGCAUCACUGUAGUGAAACAUUCCAAGUACACCUAUUCAUUGGUGAUACGCGUGAAAAAACCACGGGAACAAGGGCCUGGAUCAAAAACAAAAUGCGCUACUUCCGAAACAGUAUUCAAAGUGACUUUCCAUAUAUAUCCCGACAAUAUCACCUUUAGAAAACUCCUAUCUUCGGUUGACGUAAUCUGCAGAUCAUCACCGCGUAGGAAAUCAAAAGCAAUAUUCAAAAAAGCGUUGACAGUCAAUUCCAGUGUCUUUAUAAACGAAGAAGUUAUUGCACGCGUACUUACUGUUAUACAGAACCAAUUUAGGAGAAAUCUCUGCAACUACAGACCAAUAGAACAAUCGGUUACUCUACAGGUGUUCGAUACACAGAGGAAAGUACAGAAUGCAUCAUCCAUGUCAUCGCUGUUUUCUUCCCUUUCGUUCACCUCGUCAUGCGAAUUGGCUAGACCAGGAUUGAUAGGGGAUAACAAUGACCGAAAGGAUGUUGUGGAUUCAUCAGAGCUGAAAGGCAACAGUAAGAUACCUUCUCAACAACAAGACAGCCAGGAAUGCUCAGUGUCAACCAGGGAAUGCUUUUCGGAGGAAGAACAAGAAUACCCUCAAAAUGAUGGCAACAAAAAUGCAAAUGAUAGAUGUGCUGACAAUUGUUCUACAGUAGAAAGUGUAGUAUAUGACAAUACUUCAAGAACACCAGGAGACAAUAGUCUUGCAUUAAAUCCGGAGGUCAAUGAGCCGACUUCAUUUACAGAAAGUGUUCCUUCAGGAGAACAAGAAACCGAUGUUCAAUCAAACCGACGACACAGCUCACCUGAUUUUACACAGAACCAGGCCGAAUCUGUGGAGGUUACUGAGACUAUACAUUCUGACGUCACUUCCGAGUCUGACCUCAUAGAAACAGCUUCCGGUGGUGCCGACCAUUUGAUGUACUCCCCUCGCAAUCCUUUGUACACAUUACCAGAGUCGCGCAGACUUUCCUUUAGAGCUUGGACAAAACCACAGCACAAUACAGAUAUAUUGGUGGACAGCGGUUUCUUCUUCACAGGUGAGGAGGAUAUAGUUCGCUGUUUCCAUUGUGACAUUGGCCUUGCUGAAUGGGACCCGGAAGAUGACCCUUGGGUUGAGCAUGCGCGUCAUAGCCCAGACUGCCCCUUUCUCAAGAGCAGAAAAGAUGAACGGUUCAUCAACAAUAUCCAAUUGCAGUGGGCACAGAUAUACUCACCAAAACAUCCUCAUAUGGAUACUACUGCUAAAAGAGAAGAAUCCUUUAAGCCAUCCUGGCCACAAGACUUUGUUAUGCAGACUCCACGUCAGCUAGCUCAGGCUGGAUUUUUCUACACAGGUGCGACGGACACUGUCCGGUGCCAUUACUGUGACGGAGGUCUUCGGGAGUGGGAACCGAAUGAUGAUCCCUGGACUGAGCACGCCAGAUGGUUUCCGUUGUGUAAAUUCGUCAUCAAGAUCAAAGGCUUGCAAUUUAUUCAAAAUUCUGCUGUUCCGGAGAAUGUUCCUGACGGACACGAAGAUCUUCCUGCAGCUGCCUCACAGGGAACCGCAGCUUGUGCACCAACAUUUGUGGAAGAAUGUAAAAAAAAGGAAUGGAAAAAUCCAUUGUUUUCUGCGGCAAGUGAAAGUGUGCUUUCUGUUGGGUACAGUAAAUCGACUGUCAAGGAAGCCAUUAUGUUAUACAUUGAAAGAACAGGAAGACGGGAUUUCAGUGCGAAAGACUUGAUGGAAAUAGCAUUUGAAUUAGAAGAGCAAGGAAGAGCGUCGUUCUCUGAAGACAUUGAUAUCGUAUCAGUCGAGGAAGAAUUUCAACUAACUCCGACGGCCAUGAAAAUGGAGAACAGAUACCUGAAGGAGAAGUUGCUUUGUGUCACAUGCAAGGAAAGGGAGAGAUGUAUGCUCUUCAUUCCAUGUGGACACAGAAUUACAUGUGGGAUAUGUUCUAAAGAGCAAAAAAUAUGCCCAGUUUGUUCGUCGGAAGUAACACGUGCAGUGAAGACAUUUUUAGGGUAGUUCUACAGUCGGUUUGUGCGAUGUAAUUAUCUGAUAUCUUAUCGUCACUUUUUUACCAAUGCGCUGUUUAAUAUUUACUACGAUAUACGUUAACACCUUCCAUCGAUAACUCUAUCAGCGUCUGUAAUCGCUACAAACUAAACAUGUCAGCUUGAUCAAUCAAGUGAGGUAACGUUUUUACCCGCCAAGCUGACAAACUGUUGAGUUUCCCAGUUUUGGACUAAAUGUCGUGAUUUGUUAUGAAAUUUCGAACCAAAUAUUUACAUCAAGCACGAAAUAUGUCUUUUUAAGGGUUGUUACGUAAAUUGGAAUAAAUAUCUCUGACGAAUUUGCUGAUUGUUUUUAGAAAUUAUAUAAGUAUUUACAUAUUGUUUACACUAGAUGUUGAAUCAAUCUGCAUUGAUAUUAAUGAUAUCAUACAAUUACAUCGUGAAAAAAAGAAUGCUGAAAGUCAUUUGGUUCCAGCAUUGGUGACAUGUACAGUUUCAAUCUUUCUACGCAUGUAACAAUAUUAAUAUCAUGGCUUUUAGUUCGGAAUGUACAUGCAUUGAAAUGAUGUUAACCAAUAAAAAGUUGACGCAGAGUUCCUGUACAGGUAAGUUUGUUUCUCGAUGUUGCGUUUGAAAAUAAAUCAUUUUCUUUUAUGAUAACAAGUUAUACAGAUGAAAAGAUUUUUUUUUUCAAAUGUUGGUCUUGGGUUAAACGUUUCAGACAUUCCCACUGUUUUGCUGUAAAUAGUAUAAAUGUUCGUUUUAUAAUCUUCCUCAGAUUACAAUGGGUACGUGACGUUUGUAUUUAACUUUCCUGUCUCGUUGAUUAAGUGGAUUUUAGUAAUAAUUGUUUUCGUAUACAAACAUAUUGAAGCCAAUGGAAAUCGGGACUGCCACACAUUCGUGUAUCACGGUGAAGGUUUCUUACAUGAAAAUCUGUUAUAACAUUUGUAGCUUCAAUUAAUCAUUAACAUAAUUGCUAUAAAAUUUUAUACUUUUUUCAAAUAAUAUAAUAUUUAUCUAGCCAUUUACCAGAUAAUCGUCUGUUCAUAAAUAUCAUGAAUACAACCCAUCGUAUAGCUGUAAAUAAUUUAAUUAUUAUUUUCAUAUAAGAUUCGAAGAGUAUCCGGAUUACAGUUUGGUUUUGAGUCAAUACUCAAAAGAUCUACCCAAUGUAUGCGUUUUGUAUGAAUGUUAAAUGAAUAUAAGGGUGCCUGGGAGAAUGAGUUGUGUCAGUCGAUAUGAAUGUAGUGUCAAAAUAAUGUUGACUUGAAGACAUCGGCAAUGUCAUGAAUACGAUAUUUGGACGCUUUAUAAAUUUGGUGGGUUUUGUGGCAUCGGAUAUAAGAAUGGAUUAAGUUUUGAAAAAUCAUGUGAUUUUUGGUUUGUUUUAUUUAUGUAUUAUUAUUAUUAUUUUGCUGUUGGUUGUUGUUUUUUAAAAUUAUUUUGUAAUAUGUAUUCAAUAUCAUGUAAGAUUUUAGUUCAUCACAAAUGACAUUUUGAUUGCAUUCACGGGAGUGUAUGCAUGCCUUCUUACUCUAAAGCGGUUUUGUUAAAUACUCUAUUGCUGUACAUUUUGUCACCAUUGUUAAGUGUUCAUCAUAUUUACAAAUUUAUAAUGCAAGAAAGUAUAUUUUAAAUACUUUGUAGGUAAGCUGAUUAAAGUAUAUUUCUUACUAGU